AUCACAUCAGACAAACCGCUUCUACUUGUGAUCGACUCAAUCGACCAGCUAACGCCAAGUUACAAUGCACAUCUCAUGAAUUGGCUGCCAAAAUCCUGUCAACCGAGUGUUAAAAUUAUCAUAUCUGUAUUACCGGGAUAUUACGACAUCUUACCGACUCUUCGCCGACGACUACGCGACGAAGAAUGCUAUAUUGAGGUGCCUUCACUCACCAAAGAGACUGGCCAUGAGAUUCUUGACGCCUGGCUUGAGGGAAGUCAUCGAAGUCUCACCGAAUCACAGCGAGAGAUUGUCAUGAAGGCAUUCGUCCAAUGCCCACAGCCUCUGUUCCUGAAACUCAUUUAUACAGAGGCCUCUCAAUGGUGCUCAUAUACAGAUGUCAGCGGUGUUGACCUCGGCGCAAGCGUGAAAGAAGCAAUCACUUUACUCUUUGAACGAAUCGAAAGAAAGCACGGAAAAGUCUUGGUCUCGCAUGCUCUUGGUUACAUCACCGCUGCCCGCCACGGGCUCACGGAGAACGAGCUUGAGGACAUUUUGUCRCUCGACGAUGAYGUCAUYGAUGACGUUUAUCARUAYUGGGAUCCUCCUGUUGAAGGAGUCGUACGCUUACCAAAUUUACUGUGGGCUCGCAUUAGGCAUGACAUUAAUGAGUUCUUUGUGGAGCGACAGGCCGAUAAGAAGACCAUUGUCACGUGGUAUCAUCGUCAGUUUUGGGAGUCAGCGGAGCUGCGGUAUCUGAGCGUCAGAGAUGAAAGAAUUUCCCGACAUGCUUUGAUGUGCGAGUAUUUUCAAGGUACUUGGGGAGGCGGCUGCAAGAAACACAUCACGCUUACACGACGCAAGAAGGCGUUACCCGAUGCUGACAGACAAGUCGCUUCGCAACCUCUUCUCUUCGCAAAGGACGUUUACAACCUGCGCAAACUCAGUGAGACUCCGUAUCACUUCGUCAAAGCCGAGCACAUGGAGGCAUUGAAAAAUGAAAUCUUGUUUAAUUUUGAAUGGAUCAACGCAAAGAUUCAUGGUCAAUCUCUCAAUGACGUACUUGAAGAUUACGAUAACGCAUUGCGUGACGGUCACGACAUGGAAAUAAGGCUUGCGAAAGAAACUCUUGUCCUUGCAAGUAGUAACAUCAAGAAUGACCCUGAUUCCCUCGCCCCACAAAUCAUUGCACGCAUGCUCGCCUUCAAAGAUCAGUUUCCUCAUAUUGCAACACUGAUUGGUCACGCCUAUCGAUGGUGUCACGCAAGGAACACUCCUUUCUUCAUCCCAAUGUCACCUUGCCUUAUCUCUGCAGGGGGACCUCUCAUAACCAACCUUCGCGGUCACACACAACGUGUCAAUUCCGUGGCUGUCACGCGUGACAACAGCUUGCUUGUCACGUCAGGUGAAGACGGUCUUGUCAAUGUAUGGAAUCAAGGCGGAAAAGGACACAAUCACGAUUGCUUACACACUUUCAAAAUGGCGGAUAAAGGAAGCUCGUUUUUAGUCCUUACUCCAGAUGAUACACGCGUCGCGGCCUCUAUUGGACGUGAAUUGGGAGUAUGGAACCUAGAUACUGGUGAAAAUCUUCAUAAGUUUAAAAGUGAGGGGAAGGUUGGUUAUCUGGCCGUUACACCAGAUGGAAAUCASGUGGUUGGGGGCUGUGAUGACGGUGUGAUACGAUUAUGGGAUAUCCGUGAGGGAGUGACUGUUAAAGAUUUUACUGGACAUGAAGGUCCCAUAAACAGCAUAGCAUUUGACGGAGAUGGUCACGUGGUAUCAGCUUCUAAGGACUCAACAGUGAGAGUUUGGGACAUGACAAGUGGGGAGUCCACCCAUGUAUUCAAGGGGCACACAAAACCUGUACUAUGCCUGGUAGUGACGGGCAGUGGGAAAACAGUCGUGUCUGGCUCAGAAGACAAACAAGUAAAAUUGUGGGACCUGAAAUCACGUGACUGUGUUACCUUAAAAGGGCAUGCAGGUCUUGUAAAAUGUUUGGCCGCCAUGCACGAUGG